AUGAUGAGCAGUUCGGUGUCUUGCGGCCUCGACGCAAUCCGCUCGCUGGACGGCUACACAGCAGAUCAUUGGACGUUCCUGACUUCUAUGUGCAUCAGCAAUCGACUAGUGUUAGCUCUUUCAAUACCAAGCGCACUGUUGUCGUUAUGCGUCGCCUUGUCGAUGCUGUUCUUACUGGCGAGGGAUUACAAGCUCACAGGGCCAACGAUGACUAUGAGUAAGAUAUUUUUCAUCUGUUCGGCAAUCACGUCAACGGGCUUAAUGUUGGGAGCCAUGGGCUUUUUGGCGUCCGGAUCGGGCAUGGUAAUCUUGAGCACAUGCACAUUCCUGGUGGGGUCUCAAGGCCUCAUCGGUGGGGCGUAUUCGACGUUAUUUCAGUGGAUCACCGUGACAACUAAGAUGCUCGACUUGCAGGAUGAGGAAUGGUUGACGCUUCGGGUUCAUGCGCUGCGCAGGACACUGCUUGUCCCUACGUACAUCGUGUUUUCAAUCUGCAUGCCCGUCUGCGCGAUCCGAGCCGCCUCCAACAACCACACGACAAUGUACAAUGUGGUUUCCUUCCUUUACUUUGGGUUAAUGAUGCCGUGGUUCGUGAAUUGGUGCGCCUGCGCCAGCCAGUUCUCGGUGCACUUUGCGCGCCUGAUCGAAGCGACCGUGGACGGGACUAAGGAAUUCCAUUUUUCGAUACAAAGAUCGGCCGGUGGAGCCAAGGCGAUUACGCACAUGGCGACACCAACCAUCGGAACCGUUACGUUCAAUCCGUCUGGCCUGAGCAACCCGGCAAAGGACCGAGCGGCGGAGAUGCUAGCUGUGGCCAAGCGAGUGCGGCUUGUAGGGGCCUUGAUUGCUGGCGACAAAGUGCUUUUCAUCCUCUUGUACGUCGUUAUUAUGAUCCACGGGCUCCUAGCAUGGCAACGGCCAGACUUGAGCACUGUGCCCUUUGGGCUCUACGCUGUCAUGGUCUGUGGGAUCCCGGGUGCAAACUUUCUGGUCUGUGCCAUGGCGUACUACCACGUCUCUACGGGGCCUAGCAGAUCAUCCUAA